AGGGCUUAUAGGCUUGGAGAGAGCAUAAACACGUAGUGGAUGGAUAUUCAAAUCCGUGGUCGCUAACGAACGAACGAACGACGCACAAGUGUCCACGACGCUACUCUCUCUGUUGCUUCUCCCCUCUUCAAUUCAAUCUAUCUUCUGUUAUCACAAAUCUACAGGUUUCUUGAUCUAUUAGCUCGAUGUCGAACCAAGAAUCUCUUCCGGCAUUCACUUUGUUCGGUUUGGAUGAUGUCGAAAACUAUGGUCUGGUCAGUGAAGCUGACAAUUCAUUGCCUUUGGACAUACACAAUCAAGUGUUUCAACUUGUAGAGAAGGGAAACGAUGCAUUCAAAGAAUCUCGCUUUGAAGAGGCGAUUAGCAAUUAUUCAAAAGCCAAUUCUGUUAAGCCUCUUGACCCUGUUGUUCUGAGCAAUCGAAGUGCUGCUUAUAUAAGAUUUGGCCAAUAUCUGAAGCAGAGAUCUGCAUCCAUUUCUGAAUAUAGACCUCUCAACGGUUUUGAUAUGUCUAUGCUUGGUGAACUUGCUCUUAAGGAUGCUGAUAAGGUGAUGAAUAUUCAGAGCAGUUCAGUGAAGUCAUAUAUAACAAAGGCGUGUGCCCUCAUGUUGCUAGAAAGAUAUGAGGUAGCACGUGACACUAUCCUCUCAGGUCUACAGAUUGAUCCCUUUAGCGAUCCUCUCCGAUCCAAUCUUCAAGAACUGGAGAAGGUUAUGCCUGCUUUGACGAGAAACUCUCAUGGAAAGGCUGAGCGGUCUGAUGACUUUGAUUGCACUGUUUGCCUGAAAUUGCUGUAUGAACCUGCUACAACUCCUUGCGGUCAUACAUUCUGCCGAUCAUGCCUUUUCCAGUCCAUGGAUCGUGGCAACAAAUGUCCACUAUGUCGAACUGUCAUUUUCAUGACUCCAAGAACAUGCGCUGUCAGUGUGACACUGAAUAACAUCAUACAAAAGAACUUUCCAGAGGAGUAUGGUGAAAGGAAAUCAGAGCAGGACACUCUGGUUCACUUGGGCAAUGAAAGUAUGCCUCUUUUUGUCAUGGAUGUCAUCAUCCCCUGUCAGAAGUUGUCUCUUCACAUAUUUGAACCUAGAUACCGACUAAUGGUGAGAAGAAUAAUGGAGGGAAACCAUCGGAUGGGAAUGGUAGCUCUUGAUUCUGCGACAGGUUCACCAGUGGAUGUUGCUUGCGAAGUCGAAAUCACAGAGUGUGAUCCACUCCCAGAUGGACGUUUCGUCCUGGAGCUGGAAAGCCAUAGAAGGUGCCGCAUUGUAAAAGCUUGGGAUCAAGAUGGGUAUCGUGUUGCAGAGGUUGAAUGGGUGACAGAUAUACCACCACAAAGCGACCAAGACAAAGCAGAUCUGCGGGAACUGACGACUAGUGCAGCAUCAUUUGCUCGGUCAUGGCUAGAGAGAGCAAAGGAAGCAGCUAGACAUGGAGACAGAAGACGACUUGAAACACUUUUAAUUGUUGAAUCUAUGGUACCUUCCCCUCAAGAUCCCGAGCGCUUCAGUUUCUGGCUUGCGACAUUGACAGAUAGGAGACCUUCAGAAAGAUUGGAACUACUUCGACUUCAAGAUACUGGAGAGAGAAUAAGGCGUGGGUUGAUAUAUCUUCGGUCAGUAGAACGAGGAUGCAGAAUGCAAUGAAACCGGCUCCUUAUACCCGAUCACAACUGAGAGAUUAAACUUGGGAUCUGUUUAUAAGGAAGUUGACAAAAAAAAAUUUGAUUCAUUAAAGGAAUACGUAAGAUAUAUGAUCCUUUGGAGGAUCAUAUUAUCAUAUAUCAUUGGACGAGCCAUUGUCGUAGAUUUUGCUUGCGAGUGUAUUGAAAACCAAAUUAAAUAUUGUUCAUGAUGUUGCAACUGCAGAACAAAUAAGAUUGCAAAUACAACAUACAUUUGGGUAA